CGUGUGUGUGCGUGUGUGUGCGUGUACGCCUCGAGAUGUGUGCGUGUUAUGGCGGUGUGUCUACACAGGCGGAGUUCGGUCAGCAACCCACGUGCAGCCAGCCGUCUUCCUCCUCCCACAACACCUGAAACAGUGAAGAGGAAUAACUUGGGCCGAAGGUGGAGAGCAGGCUAGCACCAGCAUGGAACCUAUCUCGAUCAAGACAGCUAUUCACCUCCUCGACAACAUCAGCAGACGGUUUAAAGAUGCUGAACGCAAACUCAGCCAACAGAGAGUUAAUUGUGCCAUCCUUACUUUAGAAUUGGCAACACUGCAUGAUCCUCACAUGAGAGAGACAUUGGCUGUCUGCCAUCAAGCCCAAGAUUAUGGUACAGAAAAACUCUCAACUUAUAAUGAAAUCCAUGCACGUUUUAUCCAAGUAUCCAAGUCAUGUAUACCACAGGAAGAACUUCAAAACAUACCCCAAGAAACACAGGGGUCUGCACUCCAGGAACCACAAUUGUUGAUGACCUCCAACUGCCCAGUCAACCAGAAUCCCAAGCCCCAAGAGUCACAGGACCCUCAGCCAUCUUCUGAUCAUGACUUGCAGAGAGUUAUGGUAGAAAUUAAGCAGCAGGAUGAGAACAUUCCAGAUGAACCAUCUAAGCUAGUAAACAGUGAAAUUGUAGAUCCUGCAGACAUUGAUCCACACAAUCACCAUUGUAACAAUUCAAAUAGAGGUAACGUUACUCCAGGCCAGUUACCUCAGGAUGAAUUUCCAGCUAAUUAUGCUGUCAAUUCUGUGUCAUGUUAUUUUGAUGGACUAUCAGAAGAAGGUAUCCAGCCACCCAACUCUUCACCUUUAGGAGAUUUAAGGGAAGAGGUUUAACUGAUGCCUCUUAUUCCACUGGACUGCAUAAAAUGGGUGUAAAAAUCACCGUACUUGUUAGCAUACCCUUCUUUUUAUAAUCAAAGCAGACAUCUGAAGAAAUCAGAUAUGAAGAAUAGGCAGUAAAUUUGAUUACUUAGUUUAUAAGAGUAGAAAAGGUAUUGCCUUCAUACAAUCUUAAUGUAUAAUUUAAGUUCCUUUGUUGUUUUGACAAUAUGAAGUUUUCAUUUUUUCAUUGUGAGGGAAUUAUGACAGGUAUAGAAGAAUAAAAUAUCCACCUCAGAAUAAUCUGUAGUUUGAGCUGAAAAUUUCAUGGUACCUGUAGCACAAGGUUUUUUUUUUUUUUUUUUAGGUAUAGGGCUAAAUAUAUCCACGGGUUCAAUGGAGAAAGUUUACCAUACACAACACAAAAAAUCCAUUUUAAUUUUUAUGUAACCUUCCUUUAUUAUUUUGCCUUGAAAUGUUAAGUACCCAAGGCAGUGCAGUUUUCUCUUAAUUUCAGCACCCAAUACUAAUCUAACUGGAUAGCAUUACCCCAUACUUGAAAAGGGAAAUCCUAUUUAUUAAAAAAUUUACAGCCACAUUCCUAUACUGUAACGAGUUAUUAAAAACAUUAAACACAAACACACCUAACUUCACUCACUCACAAGUGACUCCAUGCAGGCAGUAUUAUUACAAGGGGUCUAUUGGUUAUGAAUGGGUUCCGUUCCUGAGGAAGUUUUUAAGUCGGAUUUGUACGUAAGUUGGAACACAUGCUAUGUGCAUACCGUACU